UGAAAGGAGAUAUACUGGAUGACUACUUAAGAACAGAUGGUGUUUGGAUACUUACUCGAAAUAAACAAUUUUACAAGACAAAUAAUGAAAAAGAAUGUGCAGAGAAAUGUGAAGCAGAAAGAAAUUUUAAUUGCAGGGCCUUCCUAUUCACCAGGAAGAAGCUACAGUGUUUAACACUGGCUGAAAAUGCCAAAAUGACAGUGACAUUCAACAGCACAGAAGCAGUUCUUUAUGAGAAGAAAAUUUACCUUCUGCAAUGUAAAAGAGGGAUUGGGAAGGACUACAGAGGAAUGGAAGCCAAAACUCGGAGAGGUACUCCAUGCCAGAAGUGGGCAGAAAAAACACCCCACAACCCAAAUUAUACACCUGAAAAACACCCCAAUGCAGGAUUGGAAGAAAACUACUGCAGAAAUCCUGAUGGGGAUGAAAGAGGACCCUGGUGUUACACAACAGAUCCUGGUACCAGAUUUGAUUACUGUAACAUCCCAGACUGUGAGGGCCAGGUCACGCACACUGGAGAAGGCCCUACAGUGGAGUGCAUGCAAUGUAAUGGUGAGGACUACCAUGGAGAAGUUUCCAGAACAGAGUCUGGGCUUGAGUGCCAGCGCUGGGAUGCCCAAGAGCCUCAUAUGCAUGGAUUUACCUCGAAACAUUUUCCACAGAAAGAUCUGAAGAUGAACUAUUGCCGUAAUCCUGAUGGUGAACUUCGGCCCUGGUGUUUCACUACCAGCCCUACUAAACGCUGGGAAUAUUGCAACAUUCCUUCUUGCUCUACAUACCCACAAGUCUCUGGCCUGGGCUCCCAGUGUCUUUCAGGGAAAGGAGAAGACUAUCGAGGCAGGAUAGCCAUCACUGAAUCGGGAAAUGCCUGCCAGCACUGGAACACACAGUUUCCACACAGACAUGGGUGGAUUCCUGACAGAUAUCCCUGCAAGGGCUUAGAGGAAAACUACUGUAGAAACCCUGACGGAGAGAAGAGGCCUUGGUGCUACACCAUCAACAGCAGAGUUCGGUGGGAAUAUUGUGCAAUUCCCCACUGCGAUGGGGCAGAACCGGGGAUUGCUGAUGUGCCUGUGCAGGUUCCCCUGUCAGAGGAGUGCUAUCGCGGAAAAGGCCAGAGUUAUCGCGGCACAACUUCCAUCACUGCAUCGGGAAAGAAAUGCCAGGCCUGGAACUCCAUGUUCCCACACAGGCAUGAAAAAACCCCAGACAGAUUUCCAAAUGCGGAUUUGAGGGACAACUAUUGUAGAAACCCAGAUGGUGAUAACAGCCCUUGGUGUUUCACCACUGACCCCAGCGUGACAUGGGAGUACUGCAAUCUCAAGAGAUGUGAUGAUCGUACACAAGAGCCUGCACCAAAUGACCCCCCUGUAACGACGGCACAAAAUGUUGGCCUGACUACACCCACCACAUCUGAUUGCAUUAACGGUAAUGGUAAAGACUAUCGUGGCACAGUAGCAAAAACUGGAAGGGGCAGGACUUGUCAAGAGUGGAGUUCUCAGAGACCUCAUAGCCACAAAUAUUUCACUCCCGUGACUCAUCCAAGAGCAGGCCUGGAUAAAAAUUAUUGCAGGAAUCCUGAUGGAGAUGUAAAUGGUGUUUGGUGCUUCACAACAGACCCAGAAAAAAAAUGGGAGUACUGUGAAAUCCCACGCUGCUCUUCUGAGCAUGACUGUGGAAAAGUCCCAAUGAGGAGUGAGCAAGCCUGUGAGCAAUAUGGGAUGUGUGACGCAUCUCCAGGGUCUUGGCCUUGGCACAUCAGUCUCAGGAUGAGUACCAACGUGCACCGUUGUGCUGGCACUCUGAUACAUCCACAGUGGGUCCUUACCGCAGCUCAGUGCUUGCAAGAGUCAACAGAGCCUUCUUCCUACAGGGUGUUUCUUGGGAUACAGAAUCUCAAUGCAGCAGAGCCAUCCCUGCAAAUCCGAAGUGUUCAGGAAGUAUUAAAGGAACCAAGUGGAGCAGACAUUGCUUUGCUGAAGUUGAACAGUCCUGUAACAAUUACUGACCGUGUAAAACCAGUUUGUUUGCCUGAAACCAAUCGGAUGGUAGAAAGAAAUGCAGUAUGUUUCCUGACUGCCUGGGGCAAAACAAGAGGUACUGAUACAGACAACAGAUUAAAAGAGACUGAAUUCCCUGUGCUUGAAAAUAGAAUAUGUAAUCAGCCUGAAUUUCUGAAUGGAAGUGUCAAAAAUCAUGAGUUUUGUGGUGGAUUUACUUUUGGAAGCAUAGGUAACUGCAAGGCUGAAGUUGGAGGACCUCUGGUCUGCCAAGAUAAGGACAGAUUUGUCCAAUAUGGAGUCACCUCUUGGGGACUGGACUGUACCCAGCCAUCAAAGCCAGUUUUUGUCCGAAUUCCUAGUUUUGUUUCUUGGAUCAAAAAUGCAAUGGUUGCCCACUGA